AUGCUUGGUGUAAUUUAUAUGACCUAAUUAUUAGUUGACUCCAUUAUUAUAAUAAUAAUGCUUGUUAAAACUAUUAUAGCAAUUGCACUGCAAAUUCUGCACAAUUCUAACAGUAACUGUAUCGAUAAAACUUGUCUUACUUCAUCAACUUACAAUUGUUGUAAAUUUAUUUAUUCAGAUACAAAUGCUAUAGAAAUUUUGUAAGAACAUGUGCAAUUGCAGUUACUGUUCAUAACAUUCAUUAUAAGAUUGUAAAUGGAUGAGAUUUAUGAAUAUCUCACUGUGCUUAUAAAUCGUAGGUAAUUAUGGCUGUAGAGAAAGGCAUAUUCAAAUUUUGUAAGUACAAACUAAUCUAAUCCAACCUCUUAUGCUAAAUUUAAUUUGUUAAUUUGACAAAUUCAGUUUUUAUUUACAAUAAUUAUUCAGCCUGGUAAGUAAAUUGCAGAAUUUAUUCAUCAAAAUCGCUUUUGAAUCUUGGUUAUCAACUUGUACUAAUCAUGGAAAUACAAAUAAUAAUAAUAGAACAUUUUUAAUUCUGUGA